GUACACCUGCACAUACACACACGCGCGCACGCAAAGGAAUGAGAUGCAGAGUGUUGCUAUGAGAGAGGGGGAUUUGCAUGAAGGACAGCGCAGCAGAGACAACAGGAGUGGAGGAGGUGGAGUCAUACACAUUGGGACAAGAACAUGACUCAAAGAUGAGCUGUCCUCAGACUGAGAUAGAGGAGAAGGACUGUUCUCCACAAGAGGAAUUAGAGUGUAAAAUCUGUUACCAGCGCUACAAUGCCCACAACCGCAAGCCUAAGAUCCUGGAAUGUCUACACCGAGUGUGCGCCCGCUGCCUCGUUAAGAUCCUGGACAUUGCUGAUGGCGGAGGCUGCAUUUCCUGCCCCUUUUGCCGACACCAAACUGAAGUCACAGAAUAUGAAGUGUCAGGACUGCCCGACGAUGCUAACAUUAUGUCUCAGUUAGCCAUACGGGGAAAAUCCUGGAGCUCUGAAGAAAACAGAGAGGUGGUCCUAACCCCAAAGAGUUUCUCAUCCUCCAGCCCAUCACGCAACUCCUCCAGCUGCCUGGUCAUCACCAUUAUGGAAGUUCAGAGGGACUCCCAGCCCUCACCAAGCCACACUGGCAGCUCUGAUAUCUACGCAGUGCAGAGCCUGGACUCAGCGUCAGUGGGCUCGAAUGGGCCAUCUGACCAAGACGCCUUUUCCAAGUUGUGUAAUCACGUGCCACGCAUCUUGGUGUGGCUCCUGGGUUUCUUAUAUUUUGGGUCGCUGCCUCUAGGAAUCUAUUUGUUGGUGAUUCAAAGAGUGACUCUGGGCAUUGUAUGUGUUAGCUUGGUUCCAUCAAGCUUGACAGUUUGCCUCGUCUAUGGAUUCUGCCAGUGUCUGUGUCAGGGUAUAUGUGACUGCUCAUCUAGAGGCUAAUAUGAGGCAUCUAACCUGGUGGAUCUAGUAUGAGCUCUAAUCAGGAGCAUAAGAAACAAACAAGGUUUGUUAGGUGGAUUAAUAUAAAACCCAAAGGUGGAGGCGAUAGCCAUUCUAAAGCAUUUUUAUGGACCUUAUCGGCCAAUCAAAGAAAAACAUUCAGCAAUUGUCUGUGGUUUUAGGUUGACUGCUAAAAACUGCUAAAAACUGUUUUGCCAGACUAUACCUAGAUUGCUGUGAUGUACUUAUGUGACCUUAUUUGUUGUGUUGUCUGGAUGACUUAGAAUAAAAAUCAUUUCAGAACUGGUCUUAAAUCUAGGAAAUAGAUAAGCACUGUACCUCUUGGACCCUCAUUUAACAACGAUUAACUGUUUACCAUGAAAAAUCAUUUUAUGUGUAAAACAUAACAGAUAAAUGAUAAGAUUAUAAGAGAGAUUUUUCAUUAUGUUUGUACAAUAAUUCAACUUUAAAUCUAAUUAACUGUUUUGUCCCAGCACCUUGAAAUGAAAAGGCUAAUAUGCAGGUAUAUUUCUAUACUAAUAUAAUUUAAAAACUAUUAAAACUUUGUGUAUGCAAAAUAAUUCCACAUACAAGACAGAUCUAGAUCUAUCUCAAGAUAUAAAAUGCAGUAUAAUGAGCAAACAUUUAGGAAAUUAAUCAGUACACAGCAGUAAAGAAUCGUUGCUGGUUGGUUUCAACAUUUUAUUUUCAAGCUAAAAUGCUAUUUAUGUUGUAAAUGCAAAUUCCAUUCAGUUUCAUAUCGGGUUAAUUUAGCUAAGCAUAUUUGACUCAGUUUUCACAAUAUAGAGAAACCUCAGUUUUCCCAAUAGAGCAAAAACUGUGUUUGUGGCUGUUUAAGUUGAAGAGCAUCUUUAUUGCCUAUUACAUGUAUGUUUGUGUAAAGUUUUUAUUACUGUUUACAAUAACUUGCUGUGAUUUUCCAUAAUCAGCUUUAUUUUUAUUUUAUUUCUCAGGUUUUGUUUCUUUCGAACACAUUGUAUUUAUUCAUUUGGACACAGUAAUGGCUGACAUUUGGAAGCACAUAAAACACAGGUAUACAAUAUGACCUAGGGAGUGUUUGUAACAUUUAUGCACAGUUGACAUUUACUGACUUUGUUGUACACAUAAAUCUUGUACACUGUUGGUAAACGAGGGCCCAUACGUAAUAUCUUCUUUAAUAUGGAAAUGUAGCAAUAUUUUAAAUGUAAUUUUGUGCUCUUUCCUGUGUAACGUCCAGUUUUUUUGCAGAUAUUGUCUCUGUCCUGUUUUUUUAUUUAUUUCCCUUGCAACUGUCUGUUGACUGAAUUUCUCAGCUUGGGUUACAUCAUCUAUUACAGACACUAAUAGCCAAUGAAAUAAAUGAGCAAAUUUUUUCAAUUC